GUGCACUUGUCCUCAGUGUGGAAAUAGUUGCAUUAACAAACAAAGUCUUAAACUUCACAUGAGAGUUCAUAGUGGAGAGAAGCCUUACACGUGUGAUCAGUGUGGGAAGAGUUUCACACAAAACAAUGCCUUAAAGGAUCACAUGAGAAUCCACACCGGAGAGAAGCCUUUUAAAUGUGGUCAGUGCGGGAAGAGUUUUGCCUACAAAAAAGUUUUAAAAGUUCACUUGAGAAGUCAUAAUGGAGUGAAGCCGUACACAUGUGAUCAGUGUGGGAAGAGUUUCACACAGAAAGGAAACCUUACUGAACACAUGAAGAUCCACACUGGAGAGAAGCCAUAUGUGUGUGAUAAGUGUUGGAAGAGUUUUGCAAAUCUAAGUAAUUUGAAAUCACACCUGAAAAUUCAUACAAAGGAGAAACCUCACAUGUGUUCUUUGUGUGGAAAGAGUUUUUCACGGCUAAGUGUUUUAAAAGUACACCAGAAAAGUCACAGCGGUGUGAAGGAUCAUAUAUGCUCUGAUUGCGGGAAGACCUUUAUUACAGAUGCUGGACUGAAACAGCACCAGAGAAGUCACACUGGAGAAAAACCUUACAAGUGUUCACACUGUGACAAGAGAUUCAGUCAAUUUGGAUCUUGGAAAAGACAUGAAAGGACACACACUGGAGAGAAGCCGUAUUACUGCUUUUCAUGUGGGAAAAGUUUCACUCAAUCAUCUUCUCUUCUCCGUCAUACAAAAAACAUAUGUCUGAAAUCACAUUAAGUAGUUUCUGUUCAGGUCCUGCACUUCAAGUGCAAUGCUGCGUCCUCAUCAAACUUGACACAAUAUGUCAAGCAAUAAAAGCUCUACUUCAUAAAGUCUUAACCAGCCACAAGUGACAAGGCA